CGUCAACCAUUAACCACCAACGCGUCCCGAGCUUGACGCUCUCAGCCUUGCGCCUUGCACAUCAUCUUGCGCCACCACACCGACACAUUGCCGCCGUUGGCAGGAACUUACGGCCAAGGUUGCGCUCCGCUGAACAGUCUAGACACCUUCUUGCUCCACAGUAUUUACCAAAGCUAGCCCAGAGCAACCCUCGACCCUCAGACCAGCCGUGCUCGGGCGCAUAGCGCUGUUCUUCUAGAUCUGCCCUCUCUGGCCGGCGGCUCGUCGCACCGUUGCUGUCGCUGGCUCAGUUGCACUCGACCGCCGCAACCAUGGAUGACCUCUAUGACGAGUUUGGCAACUUCAUCGGCGAGGAGGCAGAGGCGUCGGGGAACGAAUCCGACCAUGCCCAGAAUGCCAACGACUAUGUGUACGAUGAUGCCUCCUCGGAAGCAGGCCAAUCGGGCGUUGACGCCGCGAUGAUGGAUGUUGAUGAGGGCCGGCCGUCCAACGCUGUUAUUCUGCAUGAGGACAAGCAAGUCUACCCGUCGGCCCAGCAGGUAUACGGCGAGGAGGUCGAAACGAUGGUGCAGGAGGAGGAUGCUCAGCCCCUUAGCGAGCCCAUCAUCGCCCCCAUAGAGGAAAAGCACUUCACGGUCACCGAGACGGACCUACCACCUGUACAUUUCGACCGCAGCUUUAUGGCCGACCUGAUGCGGUACCCAGCACAGACUCGCAAUAUCGCCUUCGCCGGUCAUUUGCACCACGGAAAGACGGCGUUCAUGGACAUGCUUGUCCUUGAGACCCACGACAUCAAGGACAGGCUGGAAAAACGCCAGGGUAAAAGCCGCGACGAGCAACUGAGGUAUACCGAUGUACACCUCCUGGAGCGCGAGCGCGGUCUCUCGAUCAAGGCAGCGCCGAUGAGCCUUGUGCUUCAGGGCACCAAGGGCAAGUCCUACUUGCUCAAUAUGAUAGACACUCCCGGCCAUGUCAAUUUUGUUGACGAGGUUGCCUCCGCCUUGCGGUUGGCUGAUGGGCUCUGUCUGGUGGUUGAUGUGGUCGAGGGAGUCCAGAUCAACACGGAGCAGAUACUAAAACAUGCCGUCCUCGAGGAAGCACCAAUCACCCUCAUCGUCAACAAGCUCGACAGACUCAUCUUGGAGUUGAAGCUCCCCCCGACUGAUGCAUACUUCAAGCUGAAGCACGUCAUAGAGGAGGUCAACACAGUAAUAACAAACGCCCUACCGGGGCGCCCCGACGAGGCUGAGCGGAGACGCCUCAGCCCCGAGAAGGGUAACGUGGUGUUCGCAUGUGCAGACAUGGGCUGGUGUUUUACUCUACAGUCAUUUGCAAAAAUGUACGCCGAUAACUACGGCGCGGUCGACACCCACGAGUUCGCGCGGCGCCUCUGGGGCGACAUUUACUUCAACCCACGGAAGCGAUCAUUCACCAGAAAACAAGUUGAAGAGGGCGCCAAGCGGUCAUUCGCCAAGUUCAUCCUGGAGCCCGUGUACAAGCUCUUCGCUCACUCCAUCAGCGACACCCCUGACGAGCUCAAACGUACUCUCGCCACCCUCGGCAUCACCCUGAAGCCAUCCCAACUGAGAGCCGACGCCAAGGUCAUACUGCGCUUGGUCUGUCAGCAGUUCUUCGGCUCGUCUGGCGGCUUUGUCGACAUGGUGGUGGCGCACAUACCGUCUCCUCUCGAGGCUGCCGCCGAGAGGUUACGGCGCUUCUACACGGGGCCACUUGAUUCCGCUGUGGCCAAGUCGAUGGCUGCGUGCGACCCCAAUGGCCCGCUAGUGAUCCACGUCACCAAGCUCUUCAGUUCGCCAGAUGCCAAGACCUUCCAGUCCUUUGGGCGUGUAAUGAGUGGCACUGCCCGCCCCGGCGCCGAUGUCCGAGUUCUCGGUGAGGGCUACUCGAUCGACGACGAGGAGGACAUGGCAGCAGCCAAGAUCUCGGAUGUCUCGAUCUGCGAGACCAAGUACAAUAUCCCAACCGACGGAGUUCCGGCAGGAAACUGGGUUCUCCUCAGUGGCGUCGACAACUCGAUCGUCAAGUCGGCGACCAUUGUGGACAAGGUCUUUGCUAGUGACGAGGAUGCGUACAUUUUCAAGCCCGUCACGCAUUUCACCCAGUCCGUGUUUAAAGUUGCCGUGGAGCCGAUAAACCCGUCGGAGCUGCCCAAGAUGCUCGACGGUAUUCGGAAAAUCAACAAGAGCUACCCCCUUGCCACUACCAAGGUGGAGGAGUCGGGAGAGCACGUUCUCCUUGGCACCGGCGAGCUGUAUCUCGAUUGUAUUCUGCACGACCUGCGACGCCUAUACGCCGAUAUGGAGAUCAAAGUCUCGGACCCCGUUACCCGAUUUUGUGAGACGGUGGUGGAAGAGUCUGCGGUCAGGUGCUAUGCAAUCACUCCGAACAAGAAGAACCGCAUCACCAUACUGGCCGAGCCUCUGGGUGAUGAUAUCGCCCGAGACAUCGAGACAGGUGCUGUAAAGAUCAAGGACCCCGUGCGCAAGACGGCCAAGUUCUUUCAAGAAAAGCAUGAGUGGGACUUGCUUGCGGCCAGGAGUAUAUGGGCGUUUGGACCGGACGAAGCCGGCCCCAACAUCCUCCAGGAUGACACCCUGCCGACUGAAGUCGACAAGAAGCUUCUGGCAGCGGUAAAGGAGCCGAUUCGCCAGGGAUUCAGCUGGGCGACCCGAGAAGGGCCCCUGUGCGAAGAACCGAUUCGCAACACCAAGUUCAAGAUCAUGGACGCAACACUGGCCGCAGAGCCCAUAUCUCGUGGCGGUGGGCAAAUAAUUCCUACGUCUCGGCGAGCCUGCUAUUCCGCAUUCCUGAUGGCAUCUCCUCGUCUCAUGGAACCGACGUACGGCGUGUCGAUGAUCGGGAACCAAGACUCUGUAGCGCAGGUUUACAACACACUGGCCCGGCGAAGGGGGCACGUGCUGUCUGACGGACCCAUCGCCGGAACGCCACUAUAUCGCGUCAACGGGCUGAUACCCGUCAUCGACUCGUUCGGGUUCGAGACGGACGUGCGGAUCGAAAACAAGGGCGCGGCCGCCAUAAGCCUCGUAUUUGACCGAUGGAGCAUCGUGCCUGGCGACCCGCUGGACCAUGAGGUAGCAUUGCACCCUCUGCAACCGGCUAGCGCACAUGCCACAGCCCGGGAUUUCGUCCUCAAGACCCGCCGCCGCAAAGGACUCAGCGAGGACGUGUCAAAGGCGAAAUUUCUUGAGCCCGAGCAUCACAAGGAGCUGCUGGCUACCGGCGCGAUGGACGAAUUCUGAGUUGUACCGUAUCCAUAGUUGUACCACUAUCGUGGCAAAUGCUGGUGGGGGGGGG